AUGUUAUAUUAAACUAAUAAGAUUAAGGUACUUGUUAUUGGAGAUAAACCUUAAGAAAAAACUCGUUUAUUAUACAGUUACGUUAAUGGCAGACCUCCAUAAGAAUAUUGUCAUAUUGUUUUUGACAAUCAUAUCAUUAAGUUCUAAAUUAAUGGAGAAGAAUAUAUGGUGCAUUUAUGGUAGAAUUUAAUAAAUAAUUUUAUUUAAGGGAUUCAGCUGGACAAGAACGUUAUGAAAGGUUAAGAGAACUAUCUUAUAAAGAUAAAGAUAUUUUUUUAAUUUGUUUUUCUAUGGCUUGUAAAUUUAGUUUCUAAAAUGCUAUUUUAAAGGUAUAAAAAGUAUAUAAAUUUAGUGGUAAAACGAAGUUUCUCAAUAUGAAAAUAAAAAUGGAGUAACUAUGAUGUUAGGGUUAAAAAGUGAAGAAAGAGAUUUAUUCUAUUAGUCACUUGAAAAUGAUCAUGUAAAUGAGACAAUUAGAUCAAUGGGAUUAUAAUAUAGAGAGGUUAAUUUAAAUACUUUGGAAGGAUUAACAGAAGCCUUUAAUGAGUGCAUAAAAAUAGUAAUUGAUAAAAGAUAGGAGCAUGUAUAGUUAUAGUUAUAAAAAUAAAAUUUGAUUUAAGUAAGAUAAUAAAAAAAGCAAUCAUCAGAAUGUUAAUUACAAUGA